AUGUCGGCAAGCCAGUCAAUCGAGCGCUUGCCUUCGCUGCCUCCCCCGGGCUUGAACGAGCCCUUCCGCGAGGACUCCGCCGGAACAAAGAGAAGCAGGCCUAUCUCGGAGCAGAAGCACAGCGUUGGCCUUGCCUCCCUCAUGAUGAAGCCUGCGGAGAGGACGGAGCACAUGGAGGCUGAGGGCUGGCAGUUGGUCUUCGUUUGGUUUAGUGCACUUGGUGAAAGGGAAGUGGUGAUGCGCGAUCUCUGCGAAGGCUUCCAGGUCUGCAUUCUCGGCGAGCCUGCUCCGCAGGUGCCGCGAAGCAUGCGCCUAAAAGAGCCGAUGAAGAUCAGACGGCGUCCUGGGCGGGAAGAGACCAUGAAGGUAUACAACGUCUACUGCAACCUGCUGCAGUCAGAAGGCCUUGAUGCUGGCGGCGGUUUGCUUCCUGAGCUUCCGCCUGACAAGGAUAGCAAGAAGUCCAACUUGCACGAGACGAGGGCUUUUCACCAUCCCUCAGUGAAGAAGGCCAAUGAGCAGGCCCGGCGCCGGCAGCGCCGCCACGGGCAGCUCACAGAGGAGAUUGCGCGAAUCUCCUGGCCUACCUUGUUGCAGUGGGUGCAGCACCUUGAAGACCUGGCAGCCGACUUCAGGUAUCGCUCUGUCACCGCGGCGCUGAACCGGGCUUUGCAUCAGUGGCGCAGGAAGCAGGCUACUCCACGUCAGCAGCAAGAAGGCGUAGACCUCUCGAUGAUCAUUCAGUGGACUUGGCCUGAUGUGACCGAAGAGAAGAUCGCUGACAUGAUGCUGUGGAUCUUUGAAAUUGAGCUGGACAAGUUCAAACAGCCCACGCCGCGGCUUAUGGAUUCCCACGAUCGCCGAAUUCUGGAGGCCCUCUUCCAUCGUCUGGAUGAGAACAACGUUGGCUCCUGCUCGGCCGAGGACAUCGCCGGCAGCAAGGAAGACGAGGAUGAAGGGAACAACGAGAAGCAGAACUUGGUGGAUGUGGAUACGGUGAAGGCCGUUGUGGGACAAGAGCGAGUUGAACUACUGCCUUUCCUGGAGCUGAUGUGUGAGAGCGGAGUCCGUGCACAUGAAGCGGCCACGGAGGUGCUUCUUGAUGAUGGACGCAAGCUUGUGCUUCAGUAUCGUCGGGCUGUGGACAGCAAGGUCUGGGUUUUCGAUGGAACGCCGGCAGACGAGGAGCAAUGCCGUCGCGUGGCCAGAGUUUUCGAGGCAGAGGUGAUCCGCUGGAGAGCUCUGGCGCAGGCCACGCAGCGGGCGGAGGCCCAAGCAGCUCAGGAGGCCUUGCUGGCACAGGCCAAGAAAGAGAAGGAGAAAGAAAAGGAGAAGGGCAAGGAAGUCCAGGAGGAGGAAGAGGAGCUGGAGUUGCAACUCCUAUCCUCAGACAGUGACAGCGACCCCGAAGAGCAAGCGGAGCAAGCGCUGGAAUGUGCAAUCCCUUUCCCGCUUGGUGGAUGCGAGUCUGCGCAUCGACACUUGUGUAGGGCCCGCGGCAGAGUUUUCGCCGCCAUCUCCAGCGCCGCUGGAAGCUCUGGAGGCUGUGGAGCAGUUGGGGUCGCGGCUCAGUGGCGUCGGGAACUGCGAGGAGCGCCUGAUGGAUGUGCGGCUGAGCUGAGCAAAGCGUUGACCGAGUCUUCAGCAUGCCAGUUAGAUUGUUGCUUGGCAAACGCGUCAGGGAGCGCAAUGAAGCCCAAAGUGGAGGAAGAGGAUGACGAGGAUCCCAAGGAGAAUAACGUCCAGCAGGUGCAGGUGCCCGGCAUUCCUUUGGUCAUUCCGGGCGCUGAGCCUGCCAUUGGAGAGAUGCGUAUGCAGUCCGCAGUGACUGGGUCUUGCCAGCGCUUUGCAGAAAGAGCAGAAUCUUGCUUGUACUUGCCAGUAUCUGGAUCCUUCAAGGCGUCCUGGCUUGAGACGGCAGUGGCGCUGGACACAGAAGAGACAAUCAUCGGUGAAGUGGAUGUUUCAGACGAGGAGAUGCAAGCCAAGCUGCUGGCUACGGAACUGGAGGUGCAUGGCCUGACGUCGUGGACCUUCCCAGACGAGGAGGCCCUGGCUCGGUGGCAAGGCCCAUGGAAGCGGAAAGCGGUUCCUUCGGAGGCUUGCCCUCAGCCAGAGGACACUCAUCUGUCACAUGCCUUCGCGAGCCUCUUUGGGGACCUGCUUCCUGGCGCACGGUCAAGUCAGAGGCUCCUACAAAUUGGCAACUUGCGCGACUCCAAUGCUGAAGAUCCUGCGCGCGUACUUGUAGCCAAGCAUGGCAUGCGGGGAAUGGUCUUAGCGGGUGCGCGACCAUCCGAAGCUGCAGAAUCCUGGUCUGAGGGACCAUCAGAGGCGGCAAUCGAGGUCUCCAUCGAGGGCGGGGUAAAACUUGCCAUGCAGCUUGGUGAUUGGGCGCAGGUUGAUGUCUUGCGCUUGGAUCAGGGGCUACCAGCAGGUUGCAUGCUGCUGAAAGGCUUGCUGUUAGGCGGUCUUUCCGCCAAGAUGAUUCUAAGCUUCACCAACAGCCAGUUUCCGCCUCCGCUGCGCUAUACUGGCGUCGUAGAGGGACUCCCUGCUUCACUUCACGGCUGCUCGCUGAGCUACCUGAAAGACUUGCUGCAGACAAGUGGGUUUCGUCUCCAGCUGCUUUCUGGCCCAUACGCGGCCUUCGUGCAUGAAGAUCUUAUCGUUGCUGGCCAGGGGCUUUCCACUGACGUUGAUGAAUUUGAGUGCUACCGAUCCAGCCGCGUUUGGGGCUUCGAGCCAGAUCUGCCUAUAGAGGUGGUGCGAGACUGGUUCUUCGACGUGGCCGCUUCCUCCAUGGCUUCACAGGAGAUCCUACGUCGCAGCUUCGGGAAUGUGUCUCGACUUGCUGGCAAGCUGCCCAAAGAGAAGUUUCCCGGCUUCCUGCUCUACCUCUAA